GGGCCGAAGGGGUUCACAUUAGCGGAGACGGCCCAUGGAUGCUGCAGCAUCAACAUCUCCCAUCUGGCCAUCUCCAUCGCAGCUCGGCUUCUCUCCUCCCCGAGCACUUCGUCUCCGCCUCGUCGCCUGCAAGUGGCCGAGCCGGUUCCACCACAGCCGCAGGCCCGGCCGGAAGCGAGGAGCUUCGGAAGCAGAGGAGCGGCGACUGCGCUCGUCGUCUCCGCCACCGUCGGCGGCCUCUCGCGAUGGCGCCUCUCACGGCCCCCAAGUCCGGUGACGCCCUCUUCGCCAGCGUCGAUCGCGUCAACGCGGAGCUGUUCACGCUCACGUAUGGCGCCAUCGUGCGGCAGCUGCUCACGGAUCUGGAGGAGGUCGAGGAGGUCAACAAGCAGCUAGAUCAGAUGGGUUACAACAUUGGAACACGGUUGGUUGAUGAGUUCUUAGCAAAGUCAAACGUAUCAAGGUGUGUUGACUUCAAGGAGACUGCUGAUGUUAUCGCAAAGCUUGGAUUUAAGAUGUUCUUGGGUGUGACUGCAACUGUAACCAAUUGGGAUGCUGAGGGUACAAGCUGCAGCUUUAUAUUGGAGGACAAUCCUCUUGUUGAUUUUGUUGAGCUCCCUGACACUUGCCAAGGCCUUCAGUAUUGCAAUGUGUUAAGUGGAGUAAUCAGGGGAGCAUUGGAAAUGGUGUCCAUGAAGACAGAGGUGACAUGGGUCCGUGACAUGCUCCGUGGGGAUGAUGCCUAUGAGAUGCGUGUGAAGCUUAUCAAGCAAGUCCCAGAGGAAUACCCCUACAAGGAUGAUGACUAGUUGAGUUUAGGCGAAGUUCCUGCAGCAGGGCGCUUGUUUACUUGUCUGGAUGUUAAUUUUGCUGUGGAUAUAGCCCUGGUAUUACUUUAUGUCACAAGAGUAAACUGUUGAUUGCAUUUACAAUUGCCGUGUGUAUUGAGUAUUGCUGAUGUAUUGUAGAAAUUUUGCAUAUCUACCAUGCCUUGCGGGCAUCUGUGCCGCUCCGGAUCUUUCCUGCUGUGCUAGCCAAAAACAAAGUUUUCUUUCCAGUCUGGUUAA